GAUCCGUAGACCCGACUCAACUGCGCGGUCACAUUCCGCCCCGACUUCCCCUCUGCCAGCGGCCUGGUGGUUUGAGAUGAGUAGAAGAUGUCGGUGUCGGGGCUGAAGGCCGAAUUGAAGUUUCUGGUGUCAAUUUUUGACCCAAACCACGAACGAUUCAGAAUAAUAGACUGGAAACCCGAUGAACUCAGCUGUCAAUUCAACGUAACAGGAGAGAAGCUGCUGAUCAUUCACUGCAACAUCACGGAAUCCUAUCCCUCAACACCCCCAAUAUGGUUUGUUGACUCUGAUGAUCCGAGUCUGGCUGAAGUGUUGGAGCGCUUAGAGGAUGUGAGAAAAGGCAGCACGUUGCUCCUUCAGCAGUUAAAGCGCCUCAUUUGUGAUCUCUGUCGGCUUUACAACCUGCCACAACAUCCAGAUGUAGAAAUGCUCGACCAGCCUCUACCCGCUGGCCCAAUUACCCAAGAGCGAAAGAAUGGGCCAUCAGAUGAGGUGACAUCUGAAGAGGAAGAGGAGGAGGAAAUGGGAGAGCAGGACAUUGACCUGGACCAAGACCUGGACCAUUACGACAUGAAAGAAGAGGAGCCAGUUGAUGGAAAAAAGUCAGAAGAUGACGGGAUAGAAAAAGAAAAUCUGGCCAUCUUGGAGAAGAUUCGGAAAAAUCAGAGACAGGAUCACUUGAAUGGCGCAGUGUCUGGCUCUGUGCAAGCCUCAGACCGCCUAAUGAAGGAACUCAGGGAGAUCUACAGAUCACAGAGUUACAAGACAGGUAUUUAUUCAUGCGAACUAGUCAGUGACAGCCUUUAUGAAUGGCACGUCAAGUUAAGGAUGGUAGACCCAGAUAGUCCAUUACAUAGUGACUUGCAGGUCUUAAAAGAAAAGGAAGGAGUGGACUACAUUCUGCUCAAUUUCUCAUAUAAAGAUAAUUUUCCUUUUGACCCACCUUUUGUACGGGUUGUCUCACCUGUGCUCUCCGGAGGUUAUGUUCUAGGAGGAGGGGCCUUGUGCAUGGAGCUUCUCACAAAACAGGGCUGGAGCAGUGCCUAUUCCAUAGAAUCUGUCAUUAUGCAGAUAAAUGCAACUCUGGUUAAAGGAAAAGCCAGGGUGCAGUUUGGAGCCAAUAAGAACCAGUACAAUCUUGCCAGAGCACAACAGUCGUACAAAUCCCUCGUGCAGAUCCAUGAAAAGAACGGCUGGUACACACCACCUAAAGAGGAUGGAUAAGGAGCUACUACCACUAUGCACUGGGAACAUGUCUUUGGGUCAAAGUAUCUUGUUUUCUUUGGAAUAUUUUCCCCCCUCUGACUUAACUGGGGAUAUAUCAUCUUUCUUGCGGAAACCAUCUCGUUGGCUCAUCUGACAAGUAUUCCUUCGCCCCGCUCCGGGAAGAGACUUUAUUCUGGUAUCACUUUGCUUCUUUCCUCAGUGUUUUAGUGAGGAGGAGGAUGUGAGGGGUAUCACUAGUCCUGUUUUCUAAAUAUGCUCAUUUGUCUUUAAAAAAAAACCUUUUCUCCCUUUAAAUGUGGGGAAAUGCUUUUUCUUUAGCUGCUUCGACAAAGUGGGCUUCACAAACAGUCAGUUAACCCUCUUUAAAUGGGAAUUUUAACAGAAGAUUGAUACUGAAGCUCUUGAUGUGGCACCUCAUAGCACCUGUUUUUAUUGGCCACUUUCCCCCCUCCCAUCACAUCUCAAUAAACAAUCAGUUGAGAUGACCUACAAACUCAGUAUCUUUUAGCUCUUACUUUUUAAAAUGCGCGAAGAAUAUCGGGCCAAGCAGAAUCAAAAUGCUGCAGUGUUGUUGAACUAAGAUUAACUGUUGUCUGUGAACAAAUCCACCCGUGGUUGAUAAUAACACAGGGCCAGUGGACAUGAAAUAUCUUCAAAUCUGUUUGUUGCAUAUCUUUGGAAGAAGACACCUACAUUUAUUUUCACCAGAGGAUGAUAAGACGACUGUUGCAGCAUUAUUUUUGGAAGUUUUAACAGGUCUAAUGUCAAAGCUAAAGAGCGCUUUUUGCCUCAAUUCUGUUAACACAGAGGCCCAGCAAGCACUCAGUUUGGCUAUUGGUGUUUCUACUGAUUAUAGCUGUAGAGAUUGAUGGCUAGUUUGAUGCUGAAAAUGAAGCCAUGUGUGUGCAAAGUUAACAGCAUACUGCACCGGAGCCUUGUCUCGGCCACUGUUACAAACAGGGUUCCCACUGCCAUGAAAUUUGUGGAAACAGUAUGAAACUUUUUCCAGAAUGUUUUGGAAAAGUUUUGAACAUACAUUGUUUUGGCUUUUGUUUAAAAUAUGUUCAUAAAAAUCCCAAAACACGUCUAGCAUUAUGUGAAGUACGUUCACCAUAUUAAUAACUUAAAAUCUAGUGCUAAGCUGCUCGCCAACGACUUGUCCCCUUUUGGGAGAAAGAAGUACAUAUGAGAAGACAAACAGGAAAAUACCAAAAAGCUGUUAUGUAGCCAGUUAAACAAGGCUUUACGCUGAGAUUUGAGGCUCAAUAGAAAUGUGAAUAUUCGCUGUCAGUGCAGUAAAUGUCUAAAUGAUGCUAGUGACAGUUAUUACUGAUGGAUAGCUAACAUUAGCCGGAGUGCCACGCUGCUACAGUACAGUCAGUCAGGACAGCAGCAUCAAGCUGUCAUCACCAGUUAAAUCUCAGCCUAUAGAUCGAACAGUGUGCCAUUAACAGUUUGAUUAUUGACAAACACUCAGCCUAAUGAUACCUGCCGAUCCAAUCCAAUAUUUAUAUUUGAUUGAAACACCAGGUAUCCUGAUCAGGACGUGUAUACAUGUCUAGACAUCCUGAUAAGCAGGGGUCAUUCCUCCACUGUGAUGUGGGAAGAAGGAAAAGACAUGACGGCAGUCAACCUCAAUGUAGUAGGGUAUCGUGAACGCUCAGGUUCAGGCAACAUCACAAGACAAUUAUUAAACAUGUCCGUAAAACAAACAUUAGUUUAACUAGAAAUACUUCCAUACAAACAUGUAAAAAUUAUGAUCCAAAAUGCGUCACAUUACAUCUGCAUCUACAGCAUCUUUGGUUUUCUGUCCCCCAAAUGGUCGAGACCUUGACGUUCCUUCAAGUACCCAUAUGUGCCAGUCUGGUCUGUUAGCAUAAGAGGGUAGUUAGUGGCGGGAAUAUCUGACUGAGACAUGAGCAAGUGCUAGCAGGUGGCUUAUCCGCAAAUGUGUGGGAAGUGCGUAUUUAAUUAUCUAUGGCUUUAUCGCAGUGUAGGCUUACCCAAUAGAGACAUGGAAUAUUAUGGAAAAGUUUUGAAAAUUCAUUAGUAAAAAUAUGUGGGAACCCUGUACAGAAGGUAGUUGGACUUUUUUCCAGUCACUCUGUGAAGCUCUGGGCUUUACAGAGGCGAUAAAUAAAGGGUGUUUGGAUGUGAUGUUUUCAUCAUUUUGCCCAGUUUAGCAGAUGCCUGUAUGUCACCUCCUCCUGACAUACAUCGAGUGUAGUGGUUUGCCCAGUUUGGAGUUGAAACUGCUUCCCUGUUACGUGACGUCACACAUGUAACUGGAUUCAUCCCCUCCCGUCUUUUUUUUUUUUUUUCUUUUAUCAGUCAGCAGUUAAACAUCCACCAUCUUCAGGGCUUCCUUUGCCACAGCAAUGUAACACAAACAUUUUGGGUGCCACUUAUGGUGUGUAACAAGGAUCCUUCAGAGCUGACGUGGAACUCAAUGAAACCGUAACCAUGCAAUAUACAUCACAGUACAUCUUCACUACUGCUGUUCCCCCAUACUACAGCGACACACACUGUGUCUAUCAAUCUGUCGGCUCUUUUGCAGUUUAUUUGUUAACACUGUCUGCGAAAGUAUGUUUGAAUGGCAACUCAGGUAACAAACAAUACUUAUGAGGGGAAUCUGUACAUGUACAUGUUGAGUUUGGGGUUCUUUUCUUGGGUUAAUUAACGCUCUGUACCGCUGACGUUAAGGCUGACUCACCCACUGAUCUGAUGUCAGACACAGAAAAUGUAAAGAGCUUUAUAAAAAUAUGGGCCACGUGUUUCCUUUAAUUCGAGUGAUGUAAGAGGAAGAUGCCAUUUUAAUAGGAUUGCAGUAGCAUGAUGAUCACCUCAUGUAACUGCUCAUCAACACCCAUUGUAGUAUUGUAUGCUUUCUUUUCCUUCCAAGUACUGAAGUAGAGUUGAUUUCUUCUUUAAAUAUUCCUGAUAAAAUAAUAUUUGCACAACAAUGUCCCGGGAAAGGUCAAUUACAACAAACACACUCUGAGCGAAAUAAUUUAAAGUCACGAUUUUUUCCUCUCAGCACACACAUCCUGUUGUUACAUGUCCAAUAGAGCCGAGGGGGGGAGGAAUCAUCAGGUCUCGUUAUCAGGAAGUGUCCUCACCUGAUAUUCAGAGAUGAUUGGAGUUUGACAGUCAUGCCGUGGUGAAUAUAGACUUGCACGCUUCUCUAACUGGACUGUGUGUUGAAAGGAUUCAUUUAUCUCGUCUCUCGAUUUAAUUUUCUGGCACCGACGAGACACGAUCAAGUCUGGCACCGUUGGCUCGCUUUGGUUUUUCUUUUCUUUUUCAUUUUCCAUUUGAAGAAAUUUUGACCAUGUACAGUAAUUUGUAAACUUGCAUCAAGUUUAUGAAUAAAGAAUUUUAAGAUUA